AUGGAACAACAGCUGGGUGGCCUUGCAAGAAGCAACGAGGCUAGUUACACAGAGGCCAAAGAGUGGAGCCAUGCCGUGCAGGCUGUGCAACAGGAUUUGAAAGCGCUAGCAGAAGAGAAGGAGCAGUUGAAGGAGGAGAUUUCUGCUGAGCAAGCAGAGCGGCAGCUCCUCAGCAAGCAGCUCUUGCGGCAACAGGGGGAGGCCGCAAGCCUGAAGACGGAACAGGGGCACUGGGAGAAGUCUCUUGCUGCUUCCCUGGAGCGACUCUCACGCCUGGAGACUUCGUCACAUGCCAAGGAGGCCAAGGCUGAAGCUUUGGCCUCGAGACAGCUGGAGGAAGUUACCGCAGUGCACAGCCAAGUUGCCACCUGCCAGGCAGAAGCAGAGGAGAUAAAGAAAGAACAGGCUACACUUGGCCGUCGCCUAGCGCCUUUGGAGGAACUUCCCUCACUUGUCGAGUCCUUGCGCAGCACAAGUGAGCUGCAGGGCGAGGAGCUCCGCGAGCUCCGUGAGCUUCGCCAGCUCCCACCGCAGCUGGAGACGCUGCGAAGAGCGCUGGGAGUGGAGUUGUCCACGCUGGCGGAGCGGCUCUCGCGUGGCUUUGAAGCACAGGACGUGGCGAGCGCGGCCCGCCAGGCCGCAUUGGACGGGCUCCAGCGACUUCAGCAUGAGCAACAAAGCCUCUUCUCCUCGCAAGAGGUUGAGCUUCAAGAGGUGAAGGAGCUCGUGCAACAACGGCUGCAGCAGCUGGAACAGCAACAGCAACAGCAACAACUGCAGCAACAGCAACAGCUGCAGCAACAACAGCUUCAGAAUGCUCGGCUGGGAGACCUCCACUUGUCCUGGCAGGAGGACCAUCGGGCGCUGGAGGGGCAGAUCAGCCGACUUCAGGAGGACUUUAGGACACUGAGCUCUACAGAUCAUGCAAGUCAGGUGACGGCCCGCUCCAUCGAGAAAGGCCUGGAACGGCUGGAGACUCGUUUGCAGGGACAUGAGCUUCGAGUGGCGCAGCAGUCGGAGAAGAUGGCGAAGAUGGAAGCCAAAGAGGCUUUUGCCGAAGAAUCCAAGAUGGGCCAGCUCCAAGCAGUCCUUGCUGUGGGAGAAGAGCAUGGUGAGCAGAUUCGACAGCUGCAAGCAGCCCUGGACGCUGAGAGGAAAGCUUCAAUCCAACCUCGGGUGGAACUCGAACGAGCACUCAGUGAGGUCCAGAAGUUCCUUGACGGCGAGGUGACAAAGGCCAUCACCAAUAUCACCAGGCUUUCUCGAGAAUCUGAGUUGCAAGCCGCCAACCAGGCACAAUUGCGCCAUCGCCUGGAUGAUCUCUUCGGGAAGUCGUUGCCAAUGAUGCAGACGUGCCAAGAGGAGAUUUUUGAGUCCAAAGUGGCUCUGAAAGCUUUGCAGGCGGAGGUGUCGAGUGUUAAGCAGAAAGAAUUGAAGGACAAGGAUGCUGUGAUGCAGAAGGCGUACGAGGAGGAUCUACAGCAGGCUCGCAUGAGCGCUGAGCGUGCACUGAAGAGGCUGGAGGAGUUGGAGCUUCGCCUGGAGGAGAGCGGCAAGCGUCAAGACCGAACGGCGGAAGAGCUCCAGGCGGCUCAAUGGGCGUGGUCCACCGACAAGGCGGCGUUGGAAAGUCAAAGCUCGAGCUCAAGACAAAGACUUGAAGGGCUGGAAAAGACCCUGGAGGCGCAUCUCAGCAAAGACUUGCUGGAAGGCGUCCGGGCAGAGAUUGACCAGCUCCGCUCUCGCCUGACAGCCGCCGAGCAGCAGCAGGCCUCUUCAGGUGCUGAUCUGCGAAAGCGGCUGGAGACUGAACUGGCCGGUGCUCAGGCUGCACUGCGUGAGCGCUUGUCACAAGUCUUGGAGAGGCUGCCGCAGCUGGAAACCCUUCUGAAGGAUCAUGACCAGCAGCUGGAGGUGGUACACGGCCGACAAGCGGAGGAGGUGAAGAUGACCAAAGUCCUUCAGGCGGAGAUGCAACGAUGCAGCGAAGAUGUGUCAGAGGCCUUGUCUCGCACUGAAGAGCUGGCUGGAAGACUGGUGGAGGAGCAAACUCUCCGAGAAAGUGAUGUAGCGCUGCUGAAGCAAGGUGCCAGUAUUUUGGACUCUAAUCAUGGGAGUGUCCAAAAGCAGUUGGACACGCUUCAGCUGGCUCAUGAGCAGCUGGAGGCAGAUCAUGGGAGUCUGGUGGAGCAAAACAAGACUCAGGCCCAGGAGCUCUUCAAUCACUUUCUGGAGGUGCGGCAUCAAGUGGAGGAUGUGCAUGGCUUGGUGCUUCCCUUGGCGGACGAGCUGCAUGCUUCAGAGGAGACCAUGGAGGGGAAGUUGAACUCAGAGCAACAGCGGCGGGAAAUGAAGGAAGCAGCCUUGAAGGAACAAUUGGAGAGUGAGCGCGCAGCUCGCGAACUUCAACGCCGUGAGCUCUCGGCGGUGCUCAACCGCGAGCGGCAGGCUUUUGAGCGGCUUACGGUCCUCGAGCGGAGUAUUUUGUCGGUGGAGGAGCUGGCUCGGAGAGAGAUGGAGGUGAGGGCCCGGGAGAGCCGCCGCCUGUGGGACGCCUUGGAUCAGCUCCGUCCGGAGACGAAGAGUGCCGACCUUCGAGAGGACUGGCCCCUUUGGGCAAACGGGCACGGGGAGGGCUCCCGAAAAGGGCAACGAAAGCGCUUUGUGCGUGUGAGGAGCCGAUGCUUCGCCAGUGUCCUCGUCACGUCCUUCCCUCACGACACAGUCUUCCGCUUCGCAGGUGGCUCGUCACAGCGGAAUCCCAGAGCCGGGUCCAGCAUUUUGUCGGUUCGGAUUGGCAGUACCCGGCGACUAGUGCAUCUGAACCAGUUGGAGAGGCCAAUGAAAUUUCCUUUGCGGCCUGAGGAGUGUACAAGCAUCAAGGUAGAUGUGAUGGAUCUCUCAGGCACGGCACGUGUGGCCUGUCAAGCCAAGACGACCGAAUACACCAUCCCCUUGGAAACCACAGACGAAGUGCCCAGUGCUACCGGGAUGGAGGUGACUGUCAAGCUGAAGCCCCAAGGUGCAGACAGUGCCGCGAUUGAUGAGGAAUUGGAGAAGAAGAAGGAAGAUGCAGCGAAAGCAUACCUGGAGAAACAUGGCCUCACGUCCUUCAUGCAGUUCUUGAUCCAGAGUUUGAUGAAGGACAAGCCCUCAGACCCGUAUGCCUUCAUGCAGAGACAGGUGACCAAACGGGUGGUGGCAAGUCAAGCACGUGGGACAGAGACAGACAAGCAGCUCGAUGACAUCCUCCAGAAGCUCUCGGCAGAGGUGUCAGAGUCUGUCCCUGCCGAGCAGUUGCAAUCUCUGCAAGAGCAAGCGGAGGCGGCAGGUGCACAACUCAGGAAAGACAACGAGGAGCUUCGUGGAAUGCUGGAGAUGUUGAAGACCAGGUACAAGGUGCUGCUGCAGGAGAACACGGAACUCGCCAAACAGGUCGGCGAAGAUCCGUCAGGUGUUGAUUUGAUCUCUAUGAAGGACGACGUGGGGGGAUUGGUGAAUGAGAACGCCUUGUUGGUGUCGGAGCUCACUAGCAUGCGGAAGAAGAUUGAGACCAUGAAGGGUCAGGUGGGCCAGAUGAAGUUCGAGGAAGCCUCGUGA